CGCCCAGCCGCCCAGCCGCCCCGCCUGGCCGCAGCGGGCCUGCAGCUGGCCGGCGGGCCUGAGCGACCCUAGCAGCGGCGCUGUCCUCCUCCUCCGCCCGCCGCCAUGGAUGUGUACCCCCCGCACCGGCUGGGGCUGCCCCGCGCGCGGUUCCCUGGCGGCCCGGGCCGUGGGUCGCCCUCCGUCAGUUGCAGCCGACUCCGCCAGGUUCAGAGCAUCCUGACCCAGUGCAGCAAGUCUCAACCUGAUGGAAUUCUCUGCAUCCUAGGAAUCGAUAGCAGGUACAAUGAAGGCUGCAGAGAGCUGGCAAAUUAUCUUCUGUUUGGUUUGUACAAUCAGAAUACCAGUGAUUUUGAGAAAACAGGGUUUUCAGAAGAAGUUCUAGAUGAUAUAAUUAUAUUGAUUAAAUCAGAUAGUAUCCAUCUGUACUGUAAUCCCAUAAACUAUCGCUAUCUCUUACCCUAUGUGGCAUAUUGGAGAAAUCUUCAUUUCCACUGCAUGACCGAAAAUGAGUAUGAAGAUGAGGAAGCUGCAGAAGAAUUUAAAAUUGCCAGCUUUGUGGACAUGGUUAGAGACUGUAGUAGAAUUGGCAUUCCUUAUAGCUCCCAGGGUCACUUGCAGAUAUUUGAUAUGUUUGUAGUGGAGAAAUGGCCAAUUGUACAGGCCUUUGCACUUGAGGGCAUCGGAGGAGAUGGAUUUUUUACCAUGAAAUAUGAGUUGCAGGAUGUGAGUUUAAGUCUAUGGAAUGUCUACAGCAAGAUGGAUCCUAUGUCUCUGGAGAGUUUGCUUUCAGAAGAUUUGGUGGCUUUUGAACAUCAGUGGACUAGCUUCUUUGCUAAUUUUGACACAGAAAUUCCUUUCCUGAUGGAACUUUCUGAAUCUCAGGCGGGUGAGCCAUUCAGAAGUUACUUCAGUCAUGGCAUGAUCUCCAGCCACAUAACUGAAAACAGCCCUAAUAGGCAGCCAUUUGUUCUCUUUGGUAAUCACUCCACACGAGAAAACAUGAAUGCUGGGAAUUUUAACUUCCCUUCUGAAGGGCACCUGGUACGCAACACUGGUCCCAAUGGGAGCUUUGCCAAACACAUGGUAGUACAGUGCAUCUCACCAAAGGGACCCCUUGCUUGUUCAAGAACAUACUUUUUUGGAGCUACUCAUGUUCCUUACUUGGGUGAUGACAACAAGCUGCCCAAGAAAACUGAACAAAUUAGGCUCUUGUCCCAGGUAUAUGCUGCUGUUGUUGAGGCUGUUUUGGCUGGCAUCGCAUGUUACACUAAAACUUCCAGUCUAACAAAGGCCAGGGAGAUAGCUGGGCAGACCCUAGGAUCUGGGUUAGAUUCCUUUGAGUUGCAGUUUAAGGCAAUCCUAUGCUCCAAGAUGACUUUUCAUAUACACUCUGUGAAUAACCAGGGAAGAAUCGUGCCUCUGGACAGUGAAGAUAGUUUAUACUUUGUGAAGACGGCUUGUAUGACUGUUUAUGACAUUCCUGACUUGCUGGGAGGAAGGGGAUGCCUAGGAUCUGUGGUCUUCUCCGAGUCCUUUUUGACAUCUCAGAUAUUGGUUAAAGAAAAGGAUGGCGCUGUUACCACAGAAACCAGCUCCAUCGUCCUCACAGCUGCCAUACCCAGAUUCAGCUCUUGGCUGGUAGAAGAUAAUGAAGUAAAACUGUCUGAGAAAACCCAGCAAGUGGUAAAGGGAGAUGAGUGUUUCCUAGGCACUUUCCUAACAGGAGGAGAAGGAGCAUAUCUUUACUCCAGCAACCCACAGUCCUGGCCUGAGGAAGGGAAAGUGCAUUUCUUCUCUGGUGGCCUUCUAUUUUCUCACCGUCAUCACAGAAGUGUCGUCAUUUCCAAGGAUCACAUGAAUUCCAUUUCAUUCUAUGAUGGGGAUUCCACCAGUAUUGUUGCCGCCCUUCUGAUAGACUUCAGAAGCUCAUUGCUUCCUCAUCUCCCAGUUCAUUUCCAUGGAUCAAGCAAUUUUCUAAUGAUUGCCCUUUUCCCCAAAUCAAAGAUAUACCAAGCAUUUUACUCAGAGGUCUUCUCCCCCUGGCAACAACAGGCUAAGUCAGGGCUGUCUUUAAAAGUGAUCCAAGAAGAUGGAUUAUCUGUGGAACAAAAGAGAUUACACUCCAGUGCCCAGAAGCUCUUCAAUGUCCUGAGUCCGGCUGCUGGGGAGAAACGGAGUCCUCUGAAGCUACUCCCAGCCAGACUCCCAGAGCUGGACCAGUUUCUCCAGCAUUUUGCCGUUGGCAGCAUCAGUCGGGAGCCUGUGAGGAGGACCCAUCUCCCUGUCCUGCUGCAGCAAGCUGAAAUCACCCCCGCUCACCGGGUAGAACAUGACAAGGUAAUUAUCAGCAUUGUAACCGGCCUCCCAGGCUGUCAUGCUAGCGAGCUCUGUGCUUUUCUGGUCACUCUGCAUAAGGAAUAUGGCAGGUGGAUGAUGUACCGCCAAAUCAUGGACAGCUCCGAGUGUUUUCAUGCCGCCCACUUCCAGAGAUACCUUUCCAGUGCUCUGGAGGCUCAACAGAACCGCUCUGCCCGCCAGUCCGCCUACAUUCGCAAGAAGACCAGACUGCUGGUGGUGUUACAAGGCUACACAGAUGUUAUUGAUGUUGUCCAGGCCCUGGAGACCCAUCCAGACUCAAACGUCAAGUCCUCCUUCACCAUCGGUGCCAUCACAGUGUGUGUGGAGCCCCUGAGUUGUUACAUGGAGCACAGAUUUCUCUUUCCUAAAUGUCUUGAGCAGUGUUCACAAGGCCUGGUGAGUAAUGUGGUAUUCACCAGUCAUACCAUGGAACAGAGGCACCCCCUUCUUGUCCAGCUGCAAAGCCUCAUCAGGGCUGCCAGUCCUACGGCAGCCUUCAUUCUUGCAGAAAAUGGGAUUGUCACCAGGAAUGAAGACAUUGAGCUGAUUCUCUCAGAAAAUAGUUUUUCAAGUCCUCAGAUGCUACGAUCUCGAUAUUUAAUGUACCCUGGCUGGUAUGAAGGUAAAUUUGAUGCUGGAUCAGUCUUUCCAUUAAUGGUUCAAAUCUGCGUAUGGUUUGGUCGUCCCUUGGAGAAGACUCGCUUUGUGGCCAAGUGCAAAGCAAUUCAGUCCUCCAUCAAGCCAAGUCCCUUCUCUGGAAACAUCUACCACAUCCUGGGCAAAGUGAAGUUUACAGACUCUGAGAGGACCAUGGAGGUCUGCCACAACACUUUGGCCAAUUCCUUGAGCAUUGUACCGGUUUUGGAGGGACCCACACCACCGCCUGACUCCCGAAACACACCCCAAGAUAGCAGCGGACAGCAGGAGUGCUACCUCGUGUUCAUCGGCUGCUCCCUGAAGGAAGAAAGCGUCAAGGACUGGCUGCGACAGUCAGCUAAGCAGAAGCCUCAGAGGAAAGCCCUGAAGACCCGGGGGAUGCUUACCCAGCAGGAGAUCAGGAACAUCCACGUGAAACGCCACCUGGACCCCCUCCCUGCAGGCUACUUUUAUAACGGCACCCAGUUUGUCAACUUUUUUGGUGACAAGACUGAUUUUCACCCACUCAUGGACCAAUUCAUGAAUGACUAUGUGGAAGAAGCCAACCGGGAAAUCGAGAAGUAUAAUCGUGAGCUGGAGCAGCAGGAGUAUCAUGACCUCUUUGAGCAGAAGCCCUAGAGGACAGCUGCAGAAUGUCCACUGUGGUGAUGGGCAUUUGGACAUGGGGUGUCUCAGCCUCAGCUCUCCCAGAGCCCCUCUCUGGAGGGGCUGUCCCGUUCUCCUUAGCCUUUGUGUGCUGGCCUGAGUGCAUGUUGUCUUUAUUCUCUGUGCGGCGCUGAAGAGCAUCAUCUGCACCACAAACUCGGGGGAAGGCUCCUUCUGGAGGAGGAGUAGACAGCGGCUGCCCUGUACACCAUGGCCAUCCAGGACCUCUAGGUCUCUGGUGACAGUAUCCCCUUUGGGCUGUUGAGGCACAAUGUGAGGGUGGGGAGAAACAUUGAAAUUGCACAGAGGAGCUGCUGGGACACAGAAAGACCUCUGGCUGCCCAAAAUGUGGCCAUGCCAGGCUACCACAGACCUAAAACAUGUCCCAAGAGACCCUACCCCUGCCUCCCUUCUGAGGCCCCUUCCAUUGAAGGAGCUGGACUGCUGGCCCUGGGCCCAGUCUGGGGGGAGCAGCACAAGCCCAGCCCAAGCCCAGCCCCCAGAGCCAGCAGCCUGGGCUGAGAUCAACAGCUGUUCUAAAAUGAGAGAUUUCCCUCAUGGCCUGAAAGGAAAGGCAUGUUGCUUUUCAGAAGCCUGUGGCUUUUGAACUAACCCAAGCAGUGCCCUGGGGUUGGUUGUGUGCUUCCCUCACAGCAUCCCUCUGGUUUGUUUAAUUCAGGACAGGAACAGACCUGCUGCUCAAGCCUUCCAGCAAUGCUUUGCCUCACUGUUGAAGGGAGCAUCCUGCAACUGCGUAGUCUUCGGCCCAGGCUGUGAUCCCCUGUGGGGCAUCCUUGAACCGGGUGCAGUCCCCAGCACCCAGCCCUCCCCUCAGCCUUGCCAGGGAAGGCCUAGUUUUCAACCACAAACUUAAGGAAACUCAUGUCCCCAAGCAUUGUUGCCAGCCCUGGACUUGUUUGGCUCCUGAAGACCAAGAAUCUCAAGGAAUUACCAUAUCAUAGAAUUUCAUAGAAUUCCUUCCAGUGGCUUUGUUUUUAGAUGGGCCAUGAAGCAGAAGGGUGCAUCCCAUGCAUGACCUCCAUAGUCAGUGUGGGGAGAAGGAGGUCAAGGCACUGGUAUUAAGGUGAUGUCUGUUAGGACUUCAGCGCCUUAGCUCCUAGAUUGUAAAUGCUUUCUGACUUUCAUGUUUGUCUUGCAUGCCUUCGGAAGAAGCACAUAGGUGAAAUCAGCAAAGUUUCCAGUAAUGUAGAGGGGUUUUUGAGAAAGGCCUCUGGUGCAGAGGAGAGACAAAGGAUGAAGCACAUGUGCCUGGUCACUCAGAGGUCUGCAUGCAAGUAGCAAAGCAGCUAUUCAGGGGUUGUCAGUAAAAUGUAUUAGAAAAAAUAAUUUUAUUUGAAGCCAAAUGAACAAACUCCAGAUAUCAUUGAAUUUAAAAUCUUGCAUGAAGAAAGGCACCUGGGAACGGCCAUGUGCUCCAGUCUCAUCUCCCAAAGCUCAUAGUGACAAGGGCUCAGGUGUGGAGCCCAAGUCUGGGAGCCCCUCACUUCUGGCUGGCCAGAGGCUGGGGUCCACAAUGGGCCUGCCUCUGCUUCAGAAUCAAUAACAUAGAUCUUAAGUGCAAUUGAUGAAAUAAGCAAUGAGUUACUAUAGCUUCCUUUAGCUCUACCGAGCUCUUUUUAAAAACUCAAACUUGAGCAGCCUUAGAAAAGGGAGAGGUGGGGUGGGUGGUUGGGGUGGGGGGAAACAUAGGCCAUAUCCUCCAGGUGGGUUGCUGUGAAAUUUUAAAUGAAAGCUCUAGAUGGAGGAGCUCGAGCCAUUUCCUGGCUGUAGCACAAAAGAGUUUUUAGAAAGGGGUCGGAGCCCAUCCAUAAAAGCGGGUCUUCCCACUGCGUGGGGCUGUACUAUGUAGUAGUCUUGGUUUUCUGAUAUUGCCCAUAGAAAUGCUCUCUCACCAACUUGCCCCACUGUCCCAAUUCCUCUACUGUAAGAGGGAAAACUGAUUACCUCAACUUGAAUAUGAAACUGUGAUUGAAAAAAGUCAAAACGUUAAGAAGUUUCAAAGCCAAAAAGGCAAAGCUGGCUGAGGCCUCUGUGUAUGCUGCUCAGCCUGCUCGGGGUUGUGGAGGGGCACACUGGUGAAAGGGCAUUCCUUGGGGGGCACUUGCUGUGCCCCUGAUGAAGAGGCACACUGGCAGUGUGAGCUCCUUGAGGAUUGAGGCUGGGAGAUGGCUCCUCCCUGCUUGCUGCACUGCCCCUUCUGGAACCAGCAGGGCCUCGGGGUUCUGACUGUGAAGUUUAAUGUCUGCUUGAUUCCUCCUGGCUCUCCAGGUGGAGGGGCGGGGUCGUAGGCUGUCUCCAGAGGAAGGGUCUUCCUUGACACUGUGUUUUAGAUUUUGACCUUAAAAGUGGAUACCAGAAACCCAGCAAAGACAUCAGGUGUGGGUUCCUUAGGGACAGGAAGAAGUCCUCCAGGGGCUUACAUGCUUUUUGCCAACUUUCCUAUUAGCAGCUUCAGUUUUAUAUCACCCAGAGUGAGUGUGAUGACUUUGAAGUCGCUGAAGUUAUGGGCUAUUUUACGUUUUGAUGUAGGAUCUUUUUUCUUUUUUUUUAUUGGAAGGAGGCAGAAAUUGGAGAAAAGGGAUCACUAGGAAGGCGCCAAUGGCAAGGAGUUGGGCUGGCCCUGCCGGUUGGAAGAAAAAGUUCCUUCCUAAAUUCUGUCAGGAGUUUGGAGAAUUUUUGCACAGUAAUAAGCUCUGGGUUGCUCUUUGGGCUUCUCAAAAGGGAAAAAGUUAACUCAAAGAUUGUGAACUAUUAAGUAUUCCAGCAUGUUGCUGACCUAGUUGAAUAGUUGUACCUCAAAAAGUAGGUGAGAAAUGGCUUCCUCAUUGCCCCAGGUUGUCAAAUACUAAUGACAGAAGAGCUCACUUACGUGCCAAAAUUCACUUUUAUACUAGUUUUUCAGUGCUUUAAUAUUUGUAAUUUAAAUUUUAAAACUCAUAUUUACAAACACUACUGUAACUUCAGUGAAACUGAAUUGUGUGAUUGAAGCUUUUUGCUUAUUAUAGUAUUUAUUACACUAAAUUCAGUAAAUAUAUAAAAGUAGCCUUCAAUUUAUUUUUAUAUUAUUUGACAUGUUUUUACCUGCAGUUGUGUAUGUGAAUUUACCUUAGUAACUGAGAUGUAAUGCUAAGGACCAAUAAACUAUCACUGAAC